AUGGCUCAGAUAGUUAGUACAGAUGAGAUAGAGUCAUUGAGAAUUGAGUUGGCAGAGAUAGGAAGAAGCAUUAGAUCAUCUUUUCAACGGCAUAAUUCAAGUUUCCGAAGCAGUAUUUCAGGAUUGAGUUCUGCAAAGGGAGAUGGUGACGUUGAAUACGCAUUACAGUGGGCUGAAAUUGAAAGAUUACCUACGUUUGAGCGGCUAAGAUCUUCUCUUUUUGAUAAGGAUGCUGAUGCUAAUGCUGAUGCUGAUGAAGAUGGUGGUGGUGCUGUUGACAAAAAAGGGAAACAGGUGAUUGAUGUUACGAAGCUUGGGGCUCUAGAACGACAUGUCUUUGUAGAGAAGCUCAUCAAACAGAUUGAGAAUGACAACCAUCGCUUGUUGCAAAAAAUUAGAAAACGAAUAGACAAGGUUGGUGUAAAGUUGCCUACUGUAGAAGUAAGGUUCAGAAAUCUGCGUGUUGAAGCUGAGUGUGAGGUUGUGCAUGGCAAGGGCCUUCCAACCCUAUGGAAUUCUCUUCAAAGCACCAUCUCCAGCUUGUACGCAAAGCUGCCGGGUGCAAAGUCACGUCAAGCCAAGAUAAGCAUCAUCAAUGACGUUAGUAGUAUCAUAAAGCCAGGAAGGAUAACUCUGCUGCUUGGCCCCCCAGGUUGCGGAAAGACGUCCCUUUUAAAGGCCCUGUCCGGGAAUCUAGACGAAUCUCUCAAGAUUACUGGGGAAAUUUCUUACAAUGGAUACAAGCUAGAAGAGUUUGUCCCCCAAAAGACUUCGGCUUAUAUCAGCCAAAAUGACGUGCACAUUCCUGACAUGACCGUGAGGGAAAUACUGGACUUUUCAGCUCGUUGUAUGGGUGUUGGAAGCCGAACAGAUGUUUUGAUGGAAGUCAGUAAAAGAGAGAAGGAAGCCGGAGUUGUUCCCGAUCCAGACAUAGACACUUACAUGAAGGCGAUUUCUGUGGAAGGACUAAAAAGAACCCUUCAAACAGACUACAUACUAAAGAUCAUUGGACUUGAUAUCUGCGCUGACACUCUAGUUGGAGAUGCUAUGAGAAGAGGUAUCUCUGGUGGUCAGAAAAAGAGAUUGACUACAGGGGAGAUGAUUGUAGGUCCUACAAAAGCUCUGUUUAUGGAUGAGAUAACAAAUGGCUUAGACAGUUCCACUGCCUUUCAAAUUGUUACUUGUCUUCAGCAGCUAGUGCAUAUCACAGAUGUUACAUUACUGGUUUCCCUUCUUCAGCCAGCCCCAGAGACAUUUGAUCUUUUUGAUGACCUCAUUUUGAUGUCAGAGGGAAAGAUUGUGUAUCAUGGUCCACGUGAUCAUGUUCUAGAGUUUUUUGAGGAUUGUGGUUUUAGAUGUCCGGCGAGGAAAGGGGUUGCUGAUUUUAUCCAGGAGGUAAUCUCGAGGAAAGAUCAAGCACAGUACUGGUAUCACACGGAAGUACCUCACAGUUACAUUCCAGUCGAUUUGUUCUCUAGGAAGUUCAAAGAGUCUCCAUAUGGAAAGAAGCUGGAAGAGGAGCUCUCAGAGCCAUAUGAUAAGUCCCAAAGCCAUCAGAGUGCUCUUUCCUUUAGUCGGUAUUCCCUUUCUAAAUGGGAUCUUUUUAGAGCUUGCGCUUCCAGGGAACUUCUUCUCAUGAAAAGGAAUUCUUUUAUCUACAUAUUCAAAACAAGUCAGCUGAUUAUCAUUGCAUGUAUAACAAUGACUGUGUUUUUGCGGUCUCGCAUGGAUAUUGAUGUUUAUUAUGCAAAUUACUAUAUGGGUGCCCUGUUCUAUGCUCUUGUCAUCCUUCUUGUUGAUGGUAUCCCAGAGAUGUCAAUGACUAUUCAAAGACUUGAAGUAUUCUACAAACAGAAAGCAUUUUAUUUUUACCCAGCUUGGGCUUAUGCCAUUCCAGCAAGCAUACUAAAGAUCCCUCUUUCAUUUGUGGAAUCUCUGGUUUGGACGUGUUUUACGUAUUAUGUCAUUGGAUACAGUCCUGAGGCCCAGAGGUUCUUCCGCCAGUUUGUUCUACUUUUUGCAGUGCACCUAUCUUCAUUGUCCAUGUUCCGUUUCCUGGCCUCCAUCUUCCGGACAAAUAAUGCAUCUUUCACAGCUGGUAGUUUUGCAAUAUUAUUUGUAAUGUUAUUCGGUGGCUUCAUUAUUAAUAAAUCUUCCAUGCCUGUCUGGUUGAGGUGGGGUUUUUGGGUUUCACCCAUUACAUACGGAGAGAUAGGGCUUUCUUUAAAUGAGUUUCUUGCCCCAAGAUGGCAAAAGUUGACAUCGGCAAACACUACGAUAGGGCAAGAAAUACUUGAAAGCCGUGGACUAAACUUUGAUGGUUAUCUUUUUUGGAUAUCACUUGGUGCCUUAUUUGGAUUUACAAUAGUAUUCAACAUUGGAUAUAUCUUGGCGUUAAGUUACUUGAAGUCUCCUGGAUCAUCUCGUGUUAUUAUUUCGCAUGAAAUGCUCUCCAAAGUACCUGGAAGUGACGAUUCACAUGUUGGGGACCAUUUGGAUGAAAAGUCCAAAAAUUCUCAUCUACAGGCUAAUAUUGGACCGAAAAAAGGUAGGAUGGUCUUACCUUUUACACCCCUAACCGUAGUGUUUGAAGAUGUGCAAUACUAUGUUGACACCCCACUGGAAAUGAGAGAACAGGGAUUCACAAACAAAAGACUUCAACUUCUUUCGGAUGUUACUGGCGCAUUGAGGCCUGGUGUUCUAACAGCUUUGAUGGGUGUCAGUGGAGCUGGCAAAACAACUCUUCUGGAUGUUCUAGCUGGAAGAAAGACCAGUGGUUAUAUUGAAGGGCAAAUAAAGAUUGGAGGGUAUCCGAAGGUUCAAGCAACCUUUGCUAGGAUAUCGGGUUACUGUGAACAAACUGAUAUACAUUCUCCUCAACUAACUGUAGAAGAAUCAGUCAUAUUUUCUGCUUGGCUGCGCUUGUCUGCUGAAGUAGACCCAAAAACUAAAGCCGCAUUUGUGGAUGAAGUCCUUGAGACCAUUGAGCUUGAUGAAAUAAAGGAUGCAUUAGUAGGUAUACCUGGGGCUACUGGUCUAUCAAAUGAGCAGCGUAAGCGGCUUACAAUAGCCGUGGAGCUUGUUGCUAACCCCUCUAUCAUCUUCAUGGAUGAACCGACAACAAGUUUGGAUGCAAGAGCAGCUGCAAUUGUCAUGCGAGCGGUGAAGAACGUAGCUGAUACAGGAAGAACAAUUGUUUGUACCAUCCACCAACCUAGCAUUCACAUAUUUGAAACAUUUGAUGAGUUGAUCCUUCUAAAAACUGGUGGGCGCAUGAUAUACUCUGGACCAUUAGGACAGCAUUCAAGUUGGGUUAUAGAAUAUUUUGAGGGUAUUCCAAGAGUUCCAAAGAUUAGAGAAAAUUACAACCCAUCAACGUGGAUGUUAGAGGUCACUUCGACAUCUUCAGAGGUUGAGCUUGGUGUAGACUUUGCCCAGAAAUACAGGGAAUCUCCCCUAUCUGAGAACAACAAAGAACUUGUAAGGCAGUUGAGUAGCCCACCUCCUGGUUCAACAGAUCUGCAUUUUGUGUCCCGCUUUUCUCAAAAUGGUUGGGGACAAGUCAAAUCCUGCCUAUGGAAACAACAUUUGACUUAUUGGAGGAAUCCUGCAUACAACUUGACUCGUAUGGUGCAUACACUUGUAACUGCUUUAAUUUUUGGAGCGCUAUAUUGGAACCAAGGAAAAAAAUUAAACAACCAGCAGAACCUAUUCAAUAUUUUUGGUUCAAUGUACGCUACUGUUAUCUUCUUGGGCAUAAAUAAUUGCACGACAGUCCUUCCAUAUAUAGCAGCAGAGAGAAAUGUUAUGUACCGGGAAAGAUUUGCCGGGAUGUACUCUUCAUGGGCUCAUUCACUUGCACAGGUGAUAGUGGAAAUCCCCUAUCUGUUCAUCGAAACUGCGUUAUUUGUGACAAUCUCAUAUCCAAUGAUUGGAUAUUAUGGGUCGGCUUAUAAGGUUUUCUGGUACUUCUAUGCAAUAUUUUGUUCAUUGCUGUACUUCAAUUAUCUGGGAAUGCUAGUCGUGUCAUUGACGCCAAACUUCAUGGUAGCUGCAAUUUUGUGCUCAGCCUUUUACACAUUAUUCAACCUGUUUUCUGGUUUUCUGAUGCCUGAACCGAAAAUUCCAAAGUGGUGGAUCUGGUUAUAUUAUCUGACACCCACAUCCUGGUCGCUGAAUGGUAUGCUCACUUCACAAUAUGGAGAUAUAAAUAAGCCCAUCAUGGUAUUCGGAGAAACGAAAACAGUGGCUGCCUUCUUAGAAGAUUACUUCGGGUUUCACCAUGAUCGCUUGGCUGUUGUGGCGGUUGUUCUCAUGGCUUUCCCCCUUGUUUUUGCUUCCAUGUUUGCAUAUUUUGUAGGACGGCUGAACUUCCUGCGGAGGUAAGCGUCUUGCUCUUUCUGUAGAGGCUGGAAAGGUAGAGGUUGUCCAUGGCCAACUGCAAGCCUUUUGUUUGCAAGUAAUAUGUUAGUCAGUGUUGUACUAUGCAAAUUCGUUUGUCAUACAAUAAGAAGCAUACUUGUAUGCUGGUCAAGCUGAAGAUAUCUGUACAGGGCUUAUAUAUUAUAUGAC